UCCACCAUCAUUUACAGGUUUGAAUUGUAAUAUUCCACUUUGUGUAACUGAUAGUUGUUUUAAUGGUGGUACUUGUUUAAUUCGAAAUGAUACAUUAAAUUGUCAAUGUCCAUGUGGAUUUACUGGAUCUCGAUGUGAAAAUCCAUUUGAUAUAUGUUCAUUAACUAUAUGUCAAAAUAAUGGUACACGUAUUCUAAAUGCAACAGGAUGUCGAUGUACAUGUUUAUGUCCAUCAGGAUAUACUGGAAAUCUUUGUCAAUCAACAAUUACACCUACUAAUACAACUUAUAUAGGACAAAUUAUUAUUCCUAUUGAUCGACCAGGAGGUGCAUCAUGGGAAAUUAUUUCACAAUGUGUCGAUCAAGUUUGGAAUAGUUUGAAUGUUAUACUCAUAUGUAAUUCACCAUUUACACUUGUUAGUCCAACAUCAUUUUAUCCAUAUUGUUAUCAAAUAAAUCAACAAUCAUCACUUGUUAGUCAAUUAAAUGCUAUACAAGAUUGUAGUGAUAAAUCAGCUCAACUUGUUUGGUUUCAAUCUAUUGAUGAAAUACAACAACAAUUAAUUCCAGCUUUAUUUGCUCGUGGUUUAGCUCGAGAUUUUUGGACAAGUGGUAUCUAUAAUCCAUCAGUAAAUCGAUGGCAAUGGUUAUUAGCAACUAAUAAUACUCGUAUUGAUAUUGAUCCCUCAAUUCUGACACAAUUUGGAAUAACUGCUUUGACUGGUCAAUCUAUUCGUUAUUCAUUUGCACAAUUAACUAAUCGACGUUUAGUAACAGGUUCUUCAUCCGAAACAUAUUCAACACUUUGUAAAAUAUCUGCAACACGUCUUCCAUUAAAUAAUAUAACACGUGUCAUUGAUUUAACAUCACAACAAUAUGGACUUCAUAAUCAAUCACAAGUUAUUACCUAUAAUUUUAAUUAUACUAUAUUUUCGACAAUUCCAUCUGGUAUUCUAAUACAACAACCAACAGCUGCACAAUAUGCAGCUAUGUGUGGUGCUAUUGGUACUCUAUCGACUUCUGUUAAUCCUUAUAUUAUUGAUAUUUGUGGUUAUUUUCCAUCAAUAACCGAUGGUAAUGUUCAAUUAUUAAUGCAAACAAUUUCUUCAUAUUAUACGACACAUCGAAUAUCAAUUAUGUCAACACAAAAUUUUGUUGCAAUACCAUUACGAGUUGAACAUUUUACAACCAUAUCCGGUGAUUUAAUGACACGAAUAAGUUUUAUAAUAACAAGUGGUUCAUCAGUUGUUUUGGGUUCAAAUAUUGAACCAUUAGCAUCAAUUAAUGAUAUACUCAAUGCAGUAAACUAUCGUGUUUACCAACAAUGUACACCUUACAUAUCUACGAGUAUUCUUUUACCAUUAAAAUUAUGUAUUCCAUUUAAUGAAAUAUCAUUAUGGACAAAUUUAAUUGCAAGUGCUGUUUCAAUAGCAACAGGACAAUCAAGUGUAACUGUUAUGCUUAAAGGUGUUCAACAAGGUGUUACAUCAACAGGACAACCAGCAAAUACUGCCUAUUUUCUAAUAACAAUAAAUGGAAUGACAUAUAAUCAGACAUUAAAUAGUAAUUUAACAUUAAAUCCAAUAUUAAUAUCAACUAUAACACAAACGAAUAGUCAAUUAUUAUGUUCAAAUCAAACACAAAUACUUCCAAUGCAAAAUAGUAUUCAAGAUUUUUAUGCUCCAUGUCCUAUACCACAAAUACUUCAAAGACAAUUAAAUAAUGCAUUACAACAAGCUGGAAUUUAUACUAUUAAUAUGACAAUAUUCGGUGUUGAAGAAGCUAUUGAUAAUCUUGGACAAAUCUAUCGAUUACCUAAUAUAUUUAUUCAACAUCAAAAUGGUACAUGGCUUGAUAGUCCAUUACAAUUAAAUAAUCAAUUAUAUCAAAUUUUAAUAUCUGUUCAAAUGCAACGAAUACUAACACGUAUUUAUCGUUUAGCAAAAGCUUACUCAUAUUUCUAUACAAAUCAUUUAACAAUAAAUGAUCGUGAUUAUUUACAAAGAUUAAUUUUAACAACAUAUAAUCAACAAAAUACAAUUACAAGUAAUAGUGUAAGAGUUAUGUUAGAAGAUCCAUAUUUAAAUACAAGUUCAUUAUCAACAAUUGAAAGAGUUUAUGCAUUUUUAUUUUAUAAUGAUCAAGAACUUGAUGGAAGAUAUUUAUCAGCAUUAAUUUUAUCACCAACACAAUUUACUGGUCCUUAUUAUAGUCAAAUUCCAUUGACUUUUGUAUCAAAUAUAAUACCAAGCAAUGUUGUUAAACAACGUGAUGUACAAUUAAUAACAUUUACUGGUAAAAUUAGUCGAACAUUAGCACAAACUGCAUUGAUUGAUUACUGGCAAAAUCCAGCUAAACAAGGAUUAACAAAUGCAAAUGUUUAUAUUUUACAACUACAACAAUAUUUCGUCUAUUCAAUCAAUCAAUUUUAUACAACAAUAACUUAUAUAGUUAUAACAUCUGAUGGAUAUAGUGUACCAAGUGCAUGUUUCAAUCCAAAUUUAAUGCAGCCAUUAAAUGGUUUAUGUGAUGCACCGAAUAAUUAUGUCGCACAAGUACCACUUAGUUAUACAGCAUCAUUUAUUGAUUUAAGAGGAAAUUAUUUACAAGCGGAUCUUAAUCAUGAUAAUUUCGAAACAUUAAUUACAUCAGCAUUACAAAGAACGGGGCUUAGUAGUACAGUUUCAUCAACAUUAAUUGAACCCCGUUUUGGUUUGGAUAUGUCAUUAAUAACAAGAGUUUAUUACAUGGUUGUACCUAGUCAAGUUAUUACACAAGAACAAAUACAAGUUCAAUUAAAGUCGAUUUUUUCUACAAUGCAACCAGUAAAAUAUGAUUUGUAUCCUAGUGGACAAUUAUCUGUUGCACAACGUGAUACUCAUCAAUAUAUUGCUAAUGUUUCAUUACCAUUAACAACAGCUAUUCGUCAAAAUAUUGAAAACUAUCUUACAUCAUAUAAUCGACAAUAUGGAAUUGCAAAAAUAGUUUAUGCAGAAACUUUGAACACUUACCAAACUCGUUUUUAUCUUGUGUUUCUUAACGAUACGCAAAUUUUAACUCGAUGUGAUUUCUUUCUAUAUUAUCCGGGUGUUACAAAUAUUAAUAAUGGAACUGGUGGAAUUCAUAGUCUAUAUCUUGACAGAAAUGUUUUUGUUGCACAACCACUUGCACUUGCUAGUGGUCUUGCACAAAUCUGGACAAAUCAAAAUCCAAAUGUUCAACCAGGAACUUUACUUAUUCA